GAUGUGUCCAGCUCACUAGGAGGAGAUCCUUUUUCAUUGUGUUCACUUUGUCUUUUAACUUAUUCCCAUACAGUCAAAUUUCUUGAAGUAAUCAAGCCCUUCUGUGUAAUCUUGCCUGAAAUCCAAAAGCCAGAACGGAAGAUUCAGUUUAAGGAAAAGGUGCUCUGGACAGCUAUCACGCUCUUCAUCUUCUUAGUAUGCUGCCAGAUUCCCUUGUUUGGUAUCAUGUCAUCAGACUCAGCAGAUCCAUUCUACUGGAUGAGAGUGAUUUUGGCUUCAAAUAGAGGUACGUUGAUGGAGCUGGGAAUUUCACCCAUUGUCACUUCUGGGCUCAUCAUGCAGCUCUUGGCAGGUGCUAAGAUAAUUGAAGUUGGUGAUACCCCAAAGGACAGAGCCCUCUUCAACGGAGCGCAGAAACUGUUUGGAAUGAUCAUUACCAUCGGACAGUCUAUUGUGUAUGUAAUGACUGGGAUGUAUGGAGACCCAUCUGAGAUGGGUGCUGGGAUCUGCCUGCUUAUCACAAUUCAGCUUUUUGUUGCUGGAUUGAUAGUUCUGCUCCUGGAUGAGCUCCUACAGAAAGGAUAUGGUCUUGGUUCUGGUAUCUCUCUCUUCAUUGCUACCAAUAUCUGUGAGACUAUAGUGUGGAAAGCCUUCAGCCCCACCACGGUGAACACAGGGCGAGGCAUGGAAUUUGAGGGAGCCAUCAUUGCCUUGUUCCAUCUUCUGGCUACUCGUACAGACAAAGUCAGAGCUCUUCGUGAGGCCUUUUACCGUCAGAACCUCCCCAACCUGAUGAAUCUGAUUGCCACCAUCUUCGUCUUUGCUAUUGUAAUUUAUUUCCAGGGCUUCAGAGUGGAUCUUCCCAUCAAAUCUGCUCGCUACCGUGGCCAGUACAACACCUACCCGAUCAAGCUGUUCUAUACUUCCAACAUUCCCAUUAUUCUUCAGUCUGCUCUGGUGUCCAACUUGUAUGUCAUCUCCCAGAUGCUUUCUGCUCGCUUCAGUGGCAACUUACUGGUUAGCCUGCUGGGCACUUGGUCUGACACAUCAUCUGGAGGCCCUGCUCGUGCUUAUCCAGUUGGUGGUCUUUGUUACUACCUGUCACCUCCAGAGUCCUUUUCCUCAGUGUUAGAAGACCCUGUACAUGCAGUUGUCUAUAUUGUAUUUAUGUUGGGCUCCUGUGCUUUCUUCUCCAAGACAUGGAUUGAAGUCUCUGGCUCCUCUGCCAAAGAUGUUGCCAAACAGCUGAAAGAACAGCAAAUGGUAAUGCGAGGCCACAGGGAAACUUCAAUGGUACAUGAACUGAACAGGUACAUCCCUACAGCUGCUGCAUUUGGUGGUCUCUGUAUUGGCGCCCUGUCUGUGUUGGCAGACUUCCUGGGGGCGAUUGGGUCUGGAACUGGAAUUCUGCUGGCUGUCACUAUCAUUUAUCAGUACUUUGAGAUCUUUGUAAAGGAGCAGAGUGAAGUUGGCAGCAUGGGAGCUCUGCUUUUCUAACCUCACGGACCCAGGCAAGGGGGGAGGAACCUUCUCAGACAUAGCCAGUCAGGUGAAAAGAAGUACCACAAACUUGAUAAUGUCAUUCUGUAGGAACACACGUUUUAAUACUGUUUCCAAAGCACAUUCCCUUACGUUAAACUUUUCUAGCAUCCUGUUUGCAUUUUAUAAAUCCAUGAGGAAAAAUGUGCAAAAAAAAAUUUUUUAAAGAAACUUGUUUUUUAAUGAUGUGUCAGGAGAAUCAGCUGCUCAAUUGGGUUUAGUUCACUGACUCCUGGGAUUUUUUUGAGCCCCU